AUGACAACCUUCGCCGCUUCUCAGCCCUCCCUUUCGCCCUCACAAUCAAGCCACAUCCAGUACCUGCGCCAAUGCCUCACCCUAGCUGAGCAGUCGCCUCCGCGGCCAACCAAUUUCCGCGUCGGCGCCCUGCUCGUCCUCCGGCAUGACACCGGCGAGCCUACAUCCGACGACAAGGUGCUCUCGACGGGCUACACAAUGGAGCUUCCGGGCAACACGCACGCAGAACAAUGCUGUCUACAAAACUACGCCGCCGCACACAGCGUCUUCGAGGAACAGGUAGCCGACGCCUUCCCCCCGGAAGCCGAACGCCAUGGCCGGAAAUUACUGCUCUACGUGACCAUGGAGCCCUGCGGCGUGCGCCUCAGCGGGAACACCCCUUGCGUGCAGCGCAUUAUCCAAACCCGAAAUAGCCAAGAUAGUAGCAGUAGUACGAGUACGAGUGGUAAGGGCAGAGGAGGGAUUGAUAAAGUGUACUUUGGAGUGAAAGAACCAGGCACCUUUGUCGGCGAGUCCCAGGGCUGUAAAAUGCUGAGCAAGGCCGGUGUGCAAUGGGAGUUUGUGCCGGGGCUUGAGAACGAUAUCCUGGCUGUUGCGACGGCGGGGCAUCAGCAGCAGAACAAGAAACAGGAGGCUGAUGAGCGAGGGACGAAUAUCGAGGCUAUUUCUCAGGAAGAGAGGGAGCGGCAGGAGAAGUUGCCGCGGAAUCCGAAGAAGAGAAUGAUGGAUACCAGCAUGUGA